GGUGUUGAGAAUAUUGUUUCAUGCUGUACUAAAAAAUAUAAACUAUAAAUAUAAUGGAAAAAAAAUUGUUAGUUGCUGUUUGUUUAGCUAAAGACGCCCAGAAUUUAAGAGAAACUCUACAGUCCUGUGGAAUCUAUGACUCAGCUCGGAAAGCAAGGAGAUUAGAUGAUAAGAUCGCACUGCCUUUGACAAGACUUGGAUGUGAGACUAAUGAAGAAGGAUGUACUAAAAUCGUUAAACCACCUGACAUUCCACUGCCUAUAGAUUUGAACACGUCUUGUGCUUUGAAUGGGGUUUUAUUUACCAUACAGAAAUCACAUACUGAACCAUCUCCUCGAACUAAGUCGAUCUCUCUGCAAGAGGAUCUUUUUGAAAAACUGAAACUGUUGAUGGAAAGGAAGGGAGUGUGGAGCUCAUCAUUGCUUGCAUCUAUUCCUAAACACUGGGAAAGACAUGAUGAUAUGGUGUUGUUACCAAGUUCUUGUUUUACAGAACCUGUGUGGCAGACCUGUGUUCCUGAGGUGUGGAAUGUUGUUGCAGAGACUCUGCGAUGUCGAAGGUUAGCCAAGAAGAACAGAAUCCAGAAGAAUGAUUUCCGUACACCCAAUGUAGAACUUCUUAAAGGAGAAAACGGAUGGGUUGUUCACAAGGAUAAUGGAAUCAAAUACACCUAUGAUGUUAGAAAAUGUAUGUUCAGUGCUGGAAAUAUUUCAGAAAAGCUUAGAGUGGCCAAAUUUCACUGUAGUGGAGAAACAGUGGUAGAUUUGUAUGCUGGUAUCGGCUACUUCACCCUCCCUUAUUUAAUCCAUGCUAACGCCAAAUGUGUUCAUGCCUGUGAAUGGAACAAUGAAGCUGUGGAAGCACUCCGUAAAAACUUGGUUUUAAACAAAGUAACAGAUAAAUGUGUGAUUCACAUUGGGGACAAUAGAGAGGUAUGUCCAAGAGGAGUAGCCGAUAGGGUCAACUUGGGACUACUUCCAUCUUCAGAACCGGGGUGGAAAACUGCUUGUCUCGCACUCAAGCGGGAAACAGGAGGCAUUUUACAUGUUCAUGCUAACGUCAACUCAAAACAAACUUCUGUAAAUGGUUCCAGUGUAGUGCCGGGACAGAAUGAUCUCGGAGAUGACAGUUUCGUAACUGAACCUGUCGAAGUCUUCAGUCAUUCUAUUGGUGAUUCAAGGAAGGAAAACGGCAGCGAUGAUACACCUAAUAAACCUUUAUUGAUGACAUCAAGACAGUUCAAUCAUUCUACAUGGUACCAGUGGGCUUCACGAGUUUCUGAACAUUUUAAAGACCUUUUUCUUAAACUUUACAGUGAAGAGUGGACAAUCUGUGUACUUCACGUUGAACACGUUAAAUCGUAUGCUCCCUACAUUGAUCACCUCGUUGUAGACCUCAAAUGUAAACCUUCCCCACACCAGAGUACGUGAACUUAAAAUCCUUCUUAAACUUUACGGUGAAGAGUGGACAAUCUGUGUACUUCACGUUGAACACGUUAAAUCGUAUGCUUCCUACAUUGAUCACCUCGUUGUAGACCUCAAAUGUAAACCUACCCCACACUAGAGUACGUGAACUUAAAAUUCCAUCCAAAUUUUUCAGCUAAGCCUUGCCCUCACAGAAGCAGUCGUAAAGAUAAAACUAUCAAGCUUCUUAUAAUUAUAGUACUGUUUAUCUAUUAACAUUGUUUUGUAAGUCAUUUAAAUAUCUAACAAUGAUUGAGAAUUACAUUAGUGUACGUGUAAUCUACACCAGGUGGAGUUAUAACAAAAAAAAUUGCAUAGAUAAACUUUUAAUAAUCAUUUACAUCAAAAUAACAUAUCCAAAGAUAAAGCUUGUGGAUUCUUCAUAUUGUCAUUAUGCGUAAGAUUGAAAAAAAAAUUAACCGUCAUAAAUGAUAAGAG